UCUACGGUUCCUCCGUCACAGCUGGGUCUGAAUGGGGAAGAGGUUGCGACUUUCCAACGACAUCAGCAGGUCGCGUUGUCCAGGGCAAACAACAAUGCUCGUGCGGCGGCCGCAAAUGGCAGAGUCUUGGUGGACACCAGCAGCCUACAGCUUCUAGCCCAUUAUUUCGAUCAUGUCAUGGCUGGUAUACAGCAGAGAGCCGAUCUUUUGACCCGCGAAACCCAAGCAUCAGUACAACGACAGAGCUCAAGAGCGAUAUCUUCAAUCCAGGCUGCAAAUGCGGAAAUCGCCCGUGUGCAAGGCCUCCUAAGACAGAUUGAUGAGCUCGAGACAGAGUUUGACAAGAUACGACGCAUUCGCGACAUUGUGGCGGCGUUCAGGAGCAGAGUUGAGGCGUUGGAGAGGAGAGUG